GGGCUGGGAUUUCAGGGGGCUGUGGAUUGGGAUUGUGGGGCACUGGCAGAGCGGAAGCAGGGGUGAUUGUUAAGCCCAUCUGUGCGGCCAGGAAGUUGCUCACCGGUUUGGGGGUGGGGUGUCGGCAGGUCACAUUCGGGGCCUGGCUCUUUCCUGAGGAUGGAGAAGAGGGGGGUUGGGCUCCUGGUUGCGCCAUCACUUCCCGCACAGCAGGAAGCGAGUCAGAGCGUCCGCGCCGCCUAGCUCGUCUGGACCUGAGGUACCGACCCCCAGGUCCCUGUGACACCCCUGGGCUCAGCCGCUGUUCCCCCCCCACAUCCCGGGGAGCUGGGAAGGCGGCGUUCCACCCAGACCCGGACCUGGAACUGAGCAGGCUGCUUCACCAGCACUCGAGAGCUGAGAACCCUGCCCAGCACUGGGGCUGCCCCAAGAGCCCCUGAGCAAGGCACCUUGGCUGGCCAUGCCCCAUGGCUAGAUUUGACGCCUUCCAGCACAGCAGUGCCUCCCCACCAUCCAAUGAGACGGUGGGCCAUGCCCACUGACAGCCAGUGGCCAUAAAGGAGAAGGGGCAGAGCACGUCGUCGUCCUUCCCAGCCAAUUGGAUUGUUUCCUUGACUCUUGCUCCCCUGAGCCUGCCUGCAUGUGAUCAGCAGCUGUGUCUCUCCCUCAGCCAGGCCAUCUCAUUCCCAUUUUCUGGGGGGGGAGGUGCUGGUGGGGAGGAGGGCCAUGCAGUCAGAUGACCUCUUUGUCCGCAAGAUCCGACGGCACACCACCCGGCCCCCUCUGUCCUCCAUCUCCUUCGAUGCCAAGGGGCUCUCAGCCCCCGUCUUGCGCUCCGCCCGGAGUGAGGUGACCCAGGGACUCCCUAGGGCACAUGGCACCCCACCUGGCCUGGCCCUGAGGCCUGCCAGCCACAUCAUGCACCGCAGCAACAGUGAUGUGACCCUUGGGGAGGGAUUGCCUGGGGACGGGGCACCCCCCUCCUCAUCACUGGUGGGAAGUGGGGAGUCCGGGCUGCACCGAGACUAUGGCAGCCUAAGCUCUAUUGAGAGAGUCCCAGUGCCCCCUCGCACCCGCGCCCACAGCCAUGAGGAGCCCCGGGUGGGAAGCCCAGCUGCCCGGCGUUUCUGGGACCCCCUAGUGCUGCUGGGGCUCACAACAGACGAGGUGUGGGAGGUGGAUGGCCAGGGGGCUGGGGCCACCAUGCCAUCACAGGACAGAGGGGAAGAGCCCCCCAAGUUCCCUCCUCAGGUCUGGGUGCGCCAGCUGGCCCACUAUGAUGUGCAAAGCAUCCUCUUUGAUCCAAGUGAGGCGGCUUGGUGCCAGGGCAGUGCCGGGCGCCGGGUGCGUAACAUCACCACAGGGGCCUCGGCUGCCUCAGCAGGGCCUACCCCCACCCCUGUCCCUGAGGAACCUGACUCUGGUGAUGGCAAAGAUGGGCCCCUGGUGCUCAGUUGCCCCCACUUUCGCAACGAGACAGGGGGCGAGGAAGAAGGAGGGCUGGGCCGGCGCCAGGCAGCAGGAGGGGGUGCCGGGCAGCUGCCCAAUGCAGCCGUGUCAGUGCUGGAGGAGCCACGAGAGAGCUACCUCCCCCGAGGCAGCCGAGCCACCCAUUGCAUUGAGUAUGCUGAUCAGGGCGCCAGCUACUACCGCAAAUACUUCUAUGGCAAGGAGCACCAGAACUUCUUCGGGAUGGAUGAGCGCCUGGGGGCGGUGGCCUUGUCUCUGCGGCGCGAGGAGAAGGAAGGGGCCAGCCUGCAGUACAUCUACCGCCUCAUCCUGCGCACCAGUGAGCUGCGGACCCUGCGUGGCUCAGUGCUGGAGGAGGCACUGCCCCCCACCGCCCGCCCCCCUGCUGCCCGCGGGCUGUCCCCCAAGAAGCUGCUGGAGCACUUGCUGCCUGACCUGAACCUGCAGGGACUGCGCCUGGCAUCCAACUCGCCCAAGGUGCCAGAGACGCUGCUCAAGCUGGAUGAGCAGGGGGUGAGUUUCCAGCGCAAGGUGGGCGUUUUGUACUGCCGGACGGGGCAGGGCUCCGAGGAGGAGAUGUACAACAACGAGGGGGCUGGGCCCCCCUUCCAGGAGUUCCUGGAGCUGCUGGGUCAGCACGUCCAACUGCGCGGCUUCACCAAGUACCGUGCCCAGCUCGACACCAAGACUGACUCCACGGGCACCCACUCACUGUACACCACGUACCAGGACUAUGAGAUCAUGUUCCAUGUCUCCACUGAAAUCCUGAUCUCCCCCACUGCUGCAGUAACACUGUCUUUCUGGUUGUAGUUGCUACGAAAGCGUCACAUUGGCAAUGACAUCGUCACAAUCAUCUUCCAGGAGCCGGGCGCACAGCCUUUCACACCCCGCACCAUCCGCUCACACUUCCAGCACGUCUUCAUUAUAGUACGUGCGCAUGAGCCCUGCACUGAACGCACCACCUACAGUGUGGCAGUGAGCCGCACCAAGGACAUCCCACUCUUUGGGCCGCCCAUCCCAGCUGGGCACCGCUUCCCCCGGACACCUGCCUUCCGGCACUUCCUCCUGGCCAAAGCCAUCAAUGCAGAGAAUGCGGCUGAGCGGUCAGGCAAAUUCCACGCCAUGGCUACCCGCACACGCCAGGAGUACCUGCAGGACUUGGCACGCAGCCAUUCGACCACCACCAGCCUGGAGGCCUCUUCCUCUCGCCUGCCCCUGCUCUCCCUGGGUGCAAAGAAGAAGGAGCGGGCCAAGAGUGCCAAGGCUUGGGAGCUGCAGAGUGCCGGGGCCCUGGUGUGGAGUGUGCGGGCACGAGACGGGAACCGGGCCGCUCCCGAGCUGCCCUGCCUGCUGGGCAUCUCAGCUGAGUUCCUGGUGCUCAUUGAGGUUAAGGUCAAGCGAGUCGUCUUCAACUGUUCCUGCCGUGACAUACUGGCUUGGACCUACUCUGACUGCGGCCUGGACCUCUACUAUGGCUCUGGGGAUUACGUCUCUGUGCAGCUCCCUGACGGCCAAGGGGACGAGGUUAAGGACAUUGUGCACCGGCUGCAGCUGGUGACACGGGGCUGCGAGACGCGGGAGCUCACCCUGCUGAGGAAUGGGCUGGGCCAGCUGGGUUUCCAGGUGGACAACGAGGGCUUUGUCACCGACGUCGAGCGCUUCACCUUUGCGGAGAAAGCUGGCCUGCAGCCUGGCGCCCGGCUGCUGCCUGUGUGCGAGCGGGCACUGCCCAGCCUCAGCCAUGCCCAGACCUCUGAACUGCUGCGCACUGCCAAGAAAGUCACCAUCACCAUGGUGCCUCCUGAUGAGAAUGGCAAGCCCCGCAGGAGUUUCUCGGAGCUCUACAUGAAGUCCCUGCAGGAGAAGCGCCGCAGUGAUUCCCCAGCAGGGGAGCCCCUCCGGUCGGAGGGGGGCCCGGGGCCUGAGGGGGAGCUGAGACCGGCCACCCUGCAGCUGCUGCGCUCACUCUCCCUGCAGGAUGGGCCCCCCCAUAGCUUGGCUGAGGAGCGCACUGAGUUCCUGCGCAGCCACAGUGAGGGCACUGCCCUCCCCAACCCACCGUCCCACAGCAGGGAGAUCCCCAUGUUACCUGACCCUACACCUGACCUCAUCCUGGCAGCCACCCCCAAGGGGCUCCCGGAGCAGGAUGUGGAUCAUCCAGGAGACCCCACAUUGUUGGAGAAGGCUUCCCCAGAUCAUGGGGUCAUGGGCAGCCAAGCCCCACCCCUUAAUGAGACAGCCCCGCCCACCUCGGACAUGAGUGACACCGAGAAAUUCCUACCUCGGACGAUCUCGCUACGAAACUCCAUCACCAAGAUUCUGUCCGAAGCCAGUGAGUCCCUGGAGGAGGAGUGGGACUCCAUCUCCAACCUGGCUACUGCCUGCAACAGCAUCCUGGAGGCGCUCUCAAAGGAAGGACAACAGGUGCUGGAGAGCAGAGAGCCCCCCGGUGGGAGUGGCCAGAGGAACCCAGGCCAGCAGCCCCCUGAGGAUGAGGCCCAUCCACCCCGGUCGCUGUCGGAGAAGGUCUCUCACUUGGAGUCCAUGCUGCAGCAGCUGCAGGAGGACUUGCAGCAGGAGCAGGCAGCCAAGGCAGCACUCCAGGCUGAGGUGCAGAGUCUGCGGCAGAACAAUCAGCGGCUGCAGCAGGAGCAGGAGAGUGCGGCUGCCCGGCUCAGCCAGGUCACCCGCCUGCUGUGUGGCCCCUCUGACCAGCCUCUCUAGGGCCCUGCCCCCCCUUCCCUCCUCCCCGCCCAGUCAUCCCCUCCCCCACCUCUGUCUCCCAUUGACCCCACUUCCACUCCUCCCCUCCCUUCUCCACUGUGGUUAUCCCAAGAAGGGACCACAAUGUGAACUGCACUCUUGGGGGGCUGGCUUUCUGACUGGUCAUCGCAGUGGAUUCUGGCUACCAACUCCCCAUACCAUCUGAGAGGGAAGGGAGACCCCCAGGAUCACAGCUUCUCAUUUCUCAAGACUGAUACCUCCUAGGAGCCCAGCACAGACUCACCCGUCUGACGGCUGCUGCCAGGAGCAGUAGUCCCUUAUUGUGGGGCUCAGGGGCUCAGCUCACACAUGGAUCUUAAGUCUUUGGUGAAUCUGACUGUAAUGGGGGUGUGGCCAUUUCAUCUGGGGGGCAUAGGAAGGAGGGCUGGCGGGAAUGAGGAGAUGAGACUCUGCUCCCUUAGAAAAAAUCAGGGACUCUCAAUUUGCAAUAACUCCCAAAUCCUGCUGUAUGGAUUCAGGCCUCAGGAAAACACUGGCAUGAGAAAUGAUUCCACACUCACACUCAAACACAUACUCAUGCAAAUAUUCACACACAGGUGACGGCACACCCUUGUGCACACUAGCACACUCUCUCAUACAUGUGCACAGCAGUACUUACCCAGAUGCACUUCUCUCACCAGCUCAGACUUGCUCCCGGUCCUACACAUGCCCUCACCUUGAUCCAUGUUCAUGCAGACAUGAACCCACUUUUACUUGGGCAGACCAUGCUCACACUGUAGUGCUCUCACUUAAGCUCACAUACACUGACAUGCGCUCCCAUGCAAACACACACUCUCUUACCUUCCCUGGGCUCCUACACCACCCAGCUCCCUGAGGGUCCAGAGCCCCACCCCCAUCCAGCACUGACCCAGCCAGCGCGGGAGCCUUUCAGCCUAAAACGGGCACCACCCCGCCUGCUAACUGUGAAGAUGCUGUAAGCUGUGAGUUAAUACUUCCCCCCCUCCCCUCCAUUCCAGCCUCCUGCAUGGCAACCAGGAGGCAUGGAGACAUUGUUUCUGGUCCCCUGUUCCCCCCUAGCAAUGCCCCUCCCUCUGCACAAGACCAUCCCCCAGUACCCACCCCCACAUGCUGUCAGGGGAAUAGCCGCCAUACUGUACUGGGGAGGGAGGAGGUCCAGGGCCCUGCCCCCCAUUGGUGCUAGCGGGGUAUUUAUGGAGUGUCCCUUAUGGGGGGGUCCCCUGUGACAUGGGGGGGUUGUCACAUCUCUUUUUGGGUUGUAAAUAUUUUAGAAUCAAGCAAAACACAAAGUGCUUGUUUCAGGUUUUAUUUGUUUGUUAGUUUUUUACACUGAAAAUGGACCAUCUUAGAGGCAGAGAAUCUGUGUCUGACAUGAAUGUACAAACCGCAGCAUGUCCAUCCCCCAAUCCCUCUGUGCAAUAAAGAGUCGGUAUGCAGCUCCA